AUGGAGGUGACCACCGUGUCCCCAUCUCCUGCCUCACCCACCGAAGGAGAUGAUCUGUGUGAGACAGAUGUCACCAGCGUGGCCAUACACAGUGUGACCCUGCUCAUCUGCCUCUGUGGUCUGGCCGGCAACGGGGCUGUCCUGUGGUUCACCGGGGCCCGCUGUUUGUCUAGGAAGAGAACCAACCGUUACAUUCUCAUUCUGACUUUUUUGGACUUCCUCUUCCUCCUCUUUCUGGUCCCCUUCACUCUGCUCUUCCUUCUGGAGGUUGUGUCCUGCUCUAUCAUCAUGCCCUUGUGGUACGUGGCGAUGCUUUUUGAGGUGCCACUGGUGUCAUACAACUUGUGGCUGUACACGCUGACAUUCAUCAGCAUCAAGAGGUGCAGGUCCAUCCACUGCCCGCUCUGGCACUGCUGCCACCAUCCCCAGCAGCUGUUGAAGGUGAUGCAUUGGGGUCUGCUUGGCUUCUUCUUCAUGACUCUCAUCGCUGUCUUUGCCACCAUGAUUUCUCUGUGUGCAAUCCAGCGAUCUGAGCACUGCCGGAUGUCUCUGUUCUCCAUGUACGCCUUCAACCUCCUCUUUUGUGCUCCCUUUGUGCUCAUUUCCAGCACAAUCCUCUUCAUUAUGGUCAAGCCUGGCUCCCAUCAGCAGACACCCAAGAAGCUCGAUAUUGUUUUCUGCAUCAUUGUGCUCUUCACUCUGCCCCGCAGCCUCUGCAACUUAGUCCAGCAGUUUGGUUAUGCUGCUUUGCCCUCCCCGGUGUCUUUCCUACUUAACUGUAUCCACACCACCAUCAACCCCAUCAUUUUCUUCUUGGUAGGGAGAUGCUGGAGGCCCUGCUCUGUGGGGUCCCUCCGGCUCUCCCUCCAGAGGGUCUUUGAGGAGACAGAAGAAAAUACUGCCCACAGCCAUGAUCCUACCAUGGACACAGUGCUCUGA